AUGAGGUUGGGGGUCAUUUUGUUAGUUGUUGGGCUUGGUAAGUCAUUUCGUAUAUUAUAGUAUCAUAUAAUAAUGUGAUGUUUUCUUUGUUUUUUACUGUGUCAAUAAAGUUUUUGCUAUUUUUGAUCAGUAAAGAAAGUUCUUGCUAUUUCUUGCUUUGUAAAAAAAGUUCUUGCUAUUUUUUGUUUUGUAAAGAAAGUUUUUGCCAUAUUUUGGCCUGUCAAGAAAGUUCUUGCUAUUUUUUAGUUUGUAAAGAAAGUUCUUGCCUUUUCAGUAGCCAUAGAAGCAAGACAAGGCAAUAAGAAGGUCCAAUUAAAGUCCACUGAUCUAGCCAACUCCAAUGUUGCUCUGAAGACCGAUCCAAAUCUAUUCUUAGGUGAUGUUAAUGCCGACAAACUCGCUAGUGAUGGAUCCAAGAAGCUCUCUCUACAGAAAAGUCAUUCGAAUGUCAUCUCCUUGAAUAGAAGAAAGGGGUCGAGGGGCCCUCUGAUUGGUGCUGAUAAGAAUUCUAGAAGUCCAAUCAGAAUUGGCAAAAGCAGAAGGAGUCCGCGCAAUGGCAGAAGAUCUCCUCAUCAUAGAGUAGGGCCUCACAGGGGACAGUUUGGACGCUCUCGGAAACACAAAAUUCAUCGUGGACACCUCUGGCUUCCUAAACAGUAUCGAAAGCUUAAGUAUGAUGUACAGAAUGGUCAGAGGUUGAAGAGUAAUGGAAAGAAAUUAAAGAAAAAUGACAAGAAACUGAUGAGUAAUGGCCAUCAAUUAAAGAAAAAUAGCAAAAGACUGAUGAGUAGAGCCCUAAAAUCGAAUGGAUAUGGCCAAAAUAGCCUUCAGUUUGGAGCCGGACGCUUUUCAAAUUACCUUACCCGUCGUCGUGGCUCUUCUGAAGGUCGCAGACAUCGUAGAUCUGUUCCGAGAUCAGAAGACGAUGGUAUUCAAUUCGACUACCUAAAGCAAAGCUCGUUAAUACGUGAGGAAAGAGCACCAAGGAACAUCAGAGGUCGAUUUGGUCGAAGAGGACGUAGCAAUAGAACACCAAAAGGAGGACGUAGGUCAAGAAAAGAAGCCAAUGGAAGAAGAAGUCACAGAAGAAGAUCAGAUGGCUCAGCCUUCAGUGGAAAUUUGAUUUACAAACCUCUUCACAUGCCUGAUGACUCGGUGGAGUACAAGAAGCAAUAG